AUGCCGAGAGCCAUCCCCGCGCCACGCCACCUCCACAGUCCUCCAGCCCGGAGUUUGGGGUGGAGAUCUGUCCGGGAGGGGCGGGGCGGAGCGCGCGCCGGCCGGGGCACGGGACCCGCCGAGCCACCGCGGCCGCCCGCCGUCCGGCACCGGGACGCGCGCACGCCGCUCAGCCCAGGCCCGCGGGAGCUCUGCCUCUGCCCCUCCAACUUCCCAUCUCCAGACGUGCCUCACACCAGCACGGCGCCCGAGUGCGCGUCACGCGGCUGCCACCACCGCUCCACGGCCCGCACCGCCCGGCACACCUCGAAACCACCUCGCAGUUCCCGAACUCCGGGCAGGAGAACCAACCUCCGGAAUUCAAACCUUCCGCCCCUCGUGGAGGAAGCCCGCAGCCCAGAGUUGCAGAGCCGUCGACGCCUCUCAAUUCCGCCCCUCACGAACUGCCCCACCCCACGCCCCGCGCCAGGGUCGCCCCCUCGGCAGCCCCCAGCUUCCUCCCUCCUCUCCAACCGGCCGCUGAGGAGACCCAUCCCCGGCGCCCACUCACUUUCUCCCCCAAGCCCCUCAAUUUUCUUUUUUUCUCUUAAAGUGAAGAGAAACAAGUGA